AAGGUAUCCACCAAGGCUGUAACCUAUGCGUAAGAAUAUAAAGCGUAUCCUUGACAUUUUUUCGUCCUGGUGUAAUUUAAAUGGCUCUUUCAAUAUUUAUUAGGCCGUUGAGUGUCAUCCUUGGUAUAUCAGGUUUGAUACAAGGACUGAUAUUGGGUGCUGUGGCAACAUUGGCUUUGUUAACACAUCUCUGUAUUAUUACUGUAGAAUCGAAUAAUUCUGAAAUACACUUUUUCCCUCUUAUGGUGGGAAUAUACUUUCAAGGUGAUGAUUGUCAUGUAUAUAAUACGACUACAGUUCACGAAAUACUUCCUAACAUUAUACGACCUGGGUGGCUAUUCUACUGGUUUAUAUGUUACAUCGUAAUUUCGUUAUUAUGGGUUGUGUUUAGCAUUGUUAUUAUGUGUGGGCCUAUUUAUAAAAAGAAGAAGCUGCACUACUUUCUAGUGCCGUGGAUUAUCUUGACUUUGGGGAUUUGCUCAGUGGACAGUGCUCUGACCUUAUACUUCGGGUAUGACUUUGCGGAUUAUCAAAGCAUAUUACUUUCGGAUGACGCCGUCAAUCUCCCGACGUUAUUACCAAUAGUAAUGGUCACCAUGGCUAUUUUGGCUUCGAAGGGACUCGUUCUCUGGCUGUUAAAUUUACUUAGUGUAAUUAUUGCUUUCUGCAUUACUUGGAAUUACGUCGUACACAAAGAGGACAAUAGACCUCUCUUCCUGGAGCAGGCUGGGUACCUAGAUAGCAGUCCAAUAGAUGCGUUUUCGUCAGGCAUUUUUGAAGUAAGGAAGGACAUUCAUCUAUCGGAUGCAGCAUACGCACGAUUCUCUGAUCUGGACGCUUGGCCGCGAAUUGAUUUUCGGAGUUUUGAGGUCGAGGAUAAAUAUACAGCAUAAUCGCUAUGCGUAACCAUAUCAACAACAACAAAUUCCAGGAACGUUUACAGGACAACGACAUAUAAAUAUCACUUGUGCAACAACUUUCACUUGACACUUUCCCUGGCAUAGAGUGAGUAUUUCUCUGAAGAAAGACUCGUACAGAAUCUAGAGGAUUCUUUGAUAAUCUCUUCCUUAUUAGGUUCCAUAUUUUUAAUAGAAGACGUAGUAACAAUAGCAAUAAUAGUAGCUUUAUUAUUAUUAGGCUAAUAAGAAGUUUGCAAUACUAGUAUUAACAAGAGUGAAGGAGAAACAAAAUGAGAACGCAAAAAAAAUUAAGAAUUUUAUACAAAUUUAUUGACGAGCAUUGCGAUGAACGAUUAAUAUAGCAUAUCUGUAUUAUAUAAUACUAUGAGUCAAGUUUACCAUUUACAAUUUUGAAGGAAACAUAAAUACUAGUGAAUUAUUUUCUGACGAAAUUUAUCAUGCUUUGGAAUGAUUAUUAUAAUGAACGCAUUAAUAAAUGAACAGGAUUACCAUUUUUUAA